AUGCCCUGCGCCCCGUUGCUUACUCGCAUAGCAUCGAUAGAGCGCCGCUUGAACAAUGCGACCACAACCGACGACGCCAUGUCCCUCUGCGACGACGAUAAGCCGCCCAGCGUGACCACGGGCGCGAGAGACGAUGCUGCAGGGCCCAAGGCAAGCUGCCCGAAUCGGCGCCAAGCGUCGCUAGCCGAAAUCCCAUCGAAGCCGUUGAAGAAAAAUUGCCAGACAGUCACGCGGACCAAGGCAGCGAUAGGAAGCCGACAACGAAACGCCCAGACGCCUUUGCACGCUACCUAUCAGAUGCAAGCUCGUUUCCAGAUUAUGGGGACCGGAGUCGCAGAGCUACCAUGGGUCCGGAACGGCUGGUUGGUCAUGACAUUCGGCGAGGGAGCGUUCUGCAGAGUGCUGACAGACGGCGAGCAGAAACAGAUCAACAGGCUGGUAGCCAAACCAGUCAACACCCUCAGCGUGCGACGAUUUGAGGGCCAAAACGAACCAGAUAUACCGUCUGCCAAGCGUCAAAAGAAAGACGGCACGCGACCAUUUGACUCAACAAUGAGCCCAUAUUUCACGACACCUCGGGCGAAAAAGAGCAGCGAGCUUCACGAAGUCCGCGUUGAGCCGGAGGACAUAUUUGAUAUCAGGAGCAGUUCAAGCACGGGAAAUGCGGGCGCCAACAAUCUAUCAGUCGUCGAAUAUCGGAGCACACUACCGCAGAGUAGGAAAGGGGGUCGGCGACGUAGAAGCCGGACUGGUCUGAAUUUGAGUUCCCAGCAGCGCGAUGCGGUUGAUUCCAGUCCUGGUCCCUAUCGGCUUCCCGCGAUUUCUACGAAACGAACGCUUAUAUCUACAAUCUCGGACAGUCCAGAUGUCCUCAAUUCUGAGAAACCACCUUCUGGGCUUCCAGAGGUGGUUUCUGACAUCUCUCCGAUUCUCAACGUAAAAAGAGAACGGCCACAUCGUCCUGGGGACAAUUUUGGGCGUCAGUUCAAACGGCAAAAGCCGUCAACCGUCAAGGAACCCAUUGAUAUAUCUGAAGAUGAACUUCAGGCCGAUUCUGCCAAGCACAUGGGCCCGAACGAAAGAGAAAGCGCGAUCUCACGGUCAUCUGGCACUUCGGGUGGCCUUAGCAAGAACCCUAUGCGAGGUGACAUGCAUCACACAAUUUUUGGGAAAAGGUCGCGCCGGCCACGAUCCGAAAUGAUAGCCAUAACCAGGGCAGUCUGUGGGAAAUGGAUCUAUAAUCGCGACGAUCGUUUCGGUGCAGUCUUCUUGCAUCGAGAAGGAAAGGAGAGUAAAAGACUUGACCCAGUCUUAGAAAACGGUCAAGUAUCAGGCGACCAUGCUUGGCUAGGCGUUGAUCUAGACCAAGUUCGUUCCUUUGGAGUUUCAGAAGUACCGUACCGUUAUGGCUUCGUCUUACGCUCGCAAUCAGGAGAUGCAGGCCCAAAGCUUUAUCUGGAGUUCGAGAAUCACGAUGGCAUCGAGGCGUUCUGCAGAAUUCUCAAGUCUGUGCCCAUCACAGAGAAAAUCGUCGCUGGGCUAGAAACAAGGGCUGAGAGAGCAUUCGACGAGGCAAAGAACUGGAUAGCUUCAAAUAGCCCUCCCAAGUAUAGCAGCCUAGUAUUUGCCAGAGACAAGAGAGAAAACGAUACCGACCUAGCACCCCCAAGCUCAGACGGACGUCCAGGAUCGACUCGUCCAAAGCUAAAAGACAACUUAAUACAGUCGGCCAAGGAUUCAAACGAUUCCGAUGCUUUGAAGCGAGUCGAAGAGAUGCUGGAUUCCGAUAUCCGUCCAUCUACGAGGUCAGCCAAGGGUACGAAUGAUGCUGAUGCUUUGCAGCGAGUCGAAGAGAUGGUGGACUUCGAUUUCCGCCGAUCUACGAGGUCAUCCGCUCCGUCUACCCGCUAUCGCAUGCCGUCCCCGGUAGGCUGGACACAAGUGAACCCAGACUGGCAUGAAUCGUGGCAGGCACCGCUCGUAUUCCCCCCAACUGGAAAGAAUAGGGCGACGGUGGAUAAAAUUGACAUUCCCAGACUAGACGAGAAUGAAUUCCUAAACGACAACCUCAUCAACUUUUACAUCCGAUACCUCGAGCACAAGAUGGAAAGGGAAAGACCUGAGUUGCUACGCAAAGUCUACUUUUUCAGCACCUUCUUCUUUGAAAAGCUAAGGUCUACAAAGGGCAAAAUUAAUUAUGACGGCGUCAAAGCGUGGACCGCAAAGGUAGAUUUGCUAUCUUAUGACUACAUCGUCGUGCCCGUCAACGAACAUGCCCAUUGGUAUCUGGCCAUUAUUUGCAAUGUUCCCAAUGCCAUCCAAUCCACCUGGGAGGGGAAAAGCUCAGAAACAUUGACAAACUCAACGUCCAAUGCCAUAGAAGGGACGGAUACGCCCAGCUCCCCCAGAUUAUCGACGGUAGAGAGAGAUCUGACAGAAAUCUCCUUGGAGGAUGGAACUGCGGCGAUGGGAAAGCAAAAAGAAGAGACAUUCGACGUAUCGCAAUCGCCUCCUAAGAAGAGGAGAUCCGCAGGCGCUGCAUCGUCCAGACUUGACCCUUCGCAACCGAGAAUCAUCACCCUUGACUCACUCGGUGGGCCUCACGCUCCAACCUGUAAAGCGUUGAAGGAAUAUUUGAUCGAAGAAGCAAAGACGAAGAAGGGGAUAGACUUGACAACGGUUCCCACGGGUAUGACAGCUAGAGGCAUACCGGAGCAAAACAACUUUUGCGAUUGCGGUGUCUUCAUCCUGGGAUAUAUGCAAGAGUUCCUGGCAAACCCCGACGAAGCAGCACGUAAGCUCUUGAUGAAGGAAGAACUGGGAUGGAACAUUCGUCCGUCUGAGCUACGAAAUCGCAUAAGAGGGCUACUCUUUGAUCUUCAGGGCGAACAACAAGAGCACCACAAGCAGCUCGAGAAGGAGAGAAAGCUCCGCAAAGCCAAGAGAAGGUCUAUGGCAGGAACGAGCCCGCGAAGUUCUUCUCCGGUCAGAUCUGUUGUAUUUUCGCCUCCAGUACCAAAGUUACCGGGUGCGUUUCCAUCAGACUCUCCGGAGAGCAAACCAGUACCAGGGCCAACGCUUUCCUCAUCAGAAUCUAUACAAGAAGCCGACGACUCGGAAGGCAGAAGCUCGAACAGCAAAGUGUCUCAUGAAGCUCAGGAGAAGCCAAAUACAAUUGAAGAGUUCCGAUUCAUAACUCCCUUGCCGGGAUCGAGCACUAGCCCCCAAGGCACAAAGGACAAAACCUCUGUCGACACUUCCUCUUUCUUCCCCAAGCUCGACAGCCGCUCCAGUAGAGUUGUUGUAGAGCUGAAAUCUGCGAGGGGUUAUGACAAGAGCGAGUUUGAAGAGCCAACCUUGGUUGACGACGACGAGGUCCAGAUUGUGAAAGAGUUGUCAGGCUCCCCAUAUCCAUACGCGCAAAAGGGCAGCUCAAAGGCUACAGAGACGCGCAGGCGUCGACACUCUUUGGUGGAAGUGGUAGAGUCGACAACAAGUCGACCAACUUCAUCCUCUCGGGUGCAAAAUCAGGAGAUUAAGCCUUCUGUCCACGCUUCGCCUCAGUUGAAGCCGCGUCAAUCCAUUGAAUACGACAGUGACCAUGGGACCCGCGGAGGACCCAAAUACGAUGGCAUAGACAGAUCGGGUAAAUCUUCUGGCCAAACAGUACUAUAA